AUGGAAAACAAAGACAACGUGACUGAAUUCAUUCUUCUGGGUCUUACCAAGAACCCAGAGCUACGGAAACUAUUCUCUGCUGUGUUUCUUAUCAUGUAUAUGGCCAUCAUAUUGGGAAACCUACUUAUUGUGAUAACCCUGAGUGCAAGUCAGAGUCUGAGGUCACCUAUGUAUUACUUCCUUACUUCCUUAUCCCUUACUGAUACCACAUAUUCUUCUGUCAUCACUCCCAAGAUGAUUGUGGACUCCCUUUCUGAAAGUACUACUAUCUCCUUUGAAGGUUGUAUGACCCAACUCUUUGCAGAACAUUUCUUUGGUGGAGUGUCAAUCAUUCUUCUCAUUGUGAUGGCCUAUGACCGCUAUGUGGCCAUCUGUAAGCCCCUCCACUACGUGACCAUCAUGAGUCCACGUGUGUGCUGCCUGCUGAUCGGAGGUGCUUGUGUAGGAGGAUUUCUACAUGCGAUGAUUCAGCUCCUCUUCAUGUACCAAAUACCUUUCUGUGGUCCCAAUGUCAUUGAUCACUUUAUAUGUGACUUAUUUCAAUUGCUGACCUUGGCCUGCAUGGACACUUUCAUCCUGGGCCUCUUGGUCAUUCUCAACAGUGGGGUGAUGUGUGUUGCUAUCUUUGUUAUUCUCAUUGCAUCCUACGUGGUGAUUCUCUGUUCCCUGAAGACUUGCAGCUCUGAAGGACGUCGGAAGGCCAUCUCUACCUGUGGCUCUCAUCUCACAGUGGUCAUUUUAUUCUUUGUGCCAUGCAUUUUCUUAUAUGUAAGACCUGUGGCCAUUUACCCCAUAGACAAGGCAAUGGCAGUUUCAGAUUCUAUUAUCACACCCAUGUUAAAUCCUUUAAUCUACUCUCUAAGGAAUACAGAGGUUAAAAAUGCCAUGAAGAAACUUUGGAUAAAAAGAGAGACGUCAGUUGCCAAGUAA